AUGGUCAGAGAGCUCCAGGAAUAUAAUCAAGUAACAUUGCUGCAAAAUGGGCAUGUGAAGGGUACUCGUGAGUCUAGACCUAUUAAACGGGUUCUGGAGUUGGCUGGUAAUGCUGCAAGAGACAACAAGAAGAACAGGAUCAUCCCGAGACAUGUUCUCUUAGCUGUGAGGAAUGACGAGGAGCUUGGGAAAUUGCUCGCUGGAGUGACCAUCGCCCAUGGAGGGGUGCUUCCCAACAUCAACCCGGUCCUCCUGCCGAAGAAGACCGAGAAAGCGGCCAAGGAGCCGAAGUCUCCUUCCAAGGCCACCAAGUCACCCAAGAAGGCUUAACGGAUUAGUCUUGUUUUGAUUUGGUCUUGUGCCAAAGGUGACUGUUUGUAUUGCCCUCUUUUCAUGCCUCCGCCUCCUUCUGUAUGUAAUUUU